CGUGUCUUUUAUUUUUUUUAACAAAUUUUCUCAUAUUUAACUCUGCCUUUAGCGUAGAGAUCAAUGAGGAAAUGGAAAAUUCCAAUUUGCUUUACAGUAGCUCAGUUAGGAGCAUGACGAAGCUGCUGCAAAUGGAAAAUGAACUAUUGGGACAUUUAAAAAACUAUGCAAAGGAAAUGCAGCAGAAAUUGGAUAUGAUAAUGCUCUAUCAGCAAAUGUUACAACGACCUGCAAUGCACGAUACUGAAAUUCAAGAAAACUAUGUGGCAAAUCCACUGAAUGCGUUUCCAUUAAUUCGACGGUUGCAACAGGAUUGGCCAAAGUGGUUGGCAUAUUUGGAGGGUGGUGCAACGCGUGACAAGAUCAACCAGAUACAGUCAAAACUAGAGAAAGUGCCGAGUGAAAAGGAUUUACAUUUGGCUAUUGAUGGACUGCUGCGCAUUGAGAGCUUCUACGACUUGGAGGCAUCUCACAUGGCCAAGGGAUUGCUUCUGAACAAUCAAUAUAAUUCUCAUCUCGAUUCGGCUGAUUGCCUGGCGCUAGGAAGUCAUCUCUUUAACCUGACAGAGUACUCAAAAUCCACACAUUGGUUCCGCACUGCACUAAGACUUUACAAAAGGCCAUAUGGAAAAUUAUAUGGUCAAGUAUUGGGAUUGAAGCGGAAGAAACUGUACAGGGCAUAUGCCUUGGCAAUUGCCAGAGAAACCCACAAAUCGGAGGAAGCUCCUAAGGAUAGAACACCAGCUGAAUGGCAGGAAAUCGCGGACACAAUGCUCAACCAGCUAGUUCUUAAAGCCAGCAGUGCUGACAUCAAAAAUCUUAUUGAUGAGUAUCUCGCAGGAGACGAAGAGAUUUUCAUCAAGGACCGAGCUAACAAUAAACCAAAGCCCAAGUCUAUAGAACGUGGAUGCCGAGGACUGUGGCCAAAGCGUGAACCUCAUCAAUUGACUUGUCGCUAUCUUCAGGAUAGCUCAGCUUUCCUGCGACUGGCACCACUCAAAAUUGAAACUCUAAACGAGCAGCCACUCAUCGUGCUCUACCAUCAAGUGUUGCAUGAAAGCGAAAUCAAAGCCCUGAAAAAUGCAUCCAUAUAUCAAACAGCAAGGGAUUUUGAAAAGGAAACUGUAAAGCUCUUUCCACUGGAAGAUAUUGAGGCAAGAUUUAAGCACCGUUUAAAUCGUAGAAUAUUGGAUAUGUUGGGGAUGGAUAUAGCCGGUCAGAAUUUACAUUUGUUUAACUAUGGACUCGGUGGUUACCUACCAAAAAAUUCAAAGUCGACUUGUCGUGGCUCAGAUACAAUAACCAAACCGAAAUUUAAAUCCGGCACGGUAAACAUAAAUUUCAAGGAGCGUUGUCAGAGCAAACGCAUUGGCACAAUGAUUUUCUAUGCUAGCAACGUGCCGCUAGGUGGCGCCACUGUAUUUCCCAAACUAAAGCUCGUUGUGCAGCCGAAAAAAGGAAACGCUUUAGUUUGGUUGAAUCGAAAUGCAGAUAACGAGCCGGAGAAACUGGCGGAACAUGCAGUCUGUCCCAUCGCAAUGGGUUCCAGAUGGGUUAUCUCAAAUUGUAUAGAUUCUGAGCUCAAUUUACUGGACCAGCCCUGCCUGGCAUAAACCAAUUUUAAGUGUUGCCAGAAUUUCUUUUGUGCCUUUUCAUGUUAUAUAAAUUUUGAAAAAUUUAGGUAGACUUUAAGAAAACGGAUUAAAAUAAGCUUAACUGGCAACUCUGAUCAUAUUAUAAAAGCAAUGCUAAUAAACAGCGCCUACAAAAAGUGGAA